AUGCUCAAGGUUGCCGCCGCACUGCUCACCGCCGCUGCGCUUCCCCUCGUGAACGCACACGGUCACCACAAUGCCACCGAGAUUGACGAGAGCAAGCCCAUCGACGCCGUCAUGUAUGUCCAUAUGAGUCUCCAGACGUUUGUGUGGGGGCUGCUCUUCCCCGUCGGCAUGGUCCUUGGUCUCUCCAAGUCCAAGUACCAUGUGCCUCUCCAGAGCGUUGGCGUGGUGGUCACCACUGUCGCUUCAUGGCUUGGUCACCACCAUGGCGGACGUGAAUUCCCAGAGACUGUACACGGGACGAUGGCCAAAAUCAUUACUUUCGUUCUGGUCGCCCAAACCGCGAUGGGCAUCUUCCUCAAGCUGCACAUUCUCGAGAAGACGGUCCGUCCAUGGGUCGUCCGCGCCCACGGACCUCUCGGCAUGGCCUUUCCCGUCAUUGGCUGGACCCAAAUGCUCUUCGGCGUCGCGACUGCCCUUGGCUUCUGUCGUGGCGGCAACCUCGGUCAGUGUGCUGCACACUAUAUCAUGGGCUCGGCUUUCAUUGGCUAUGCUGCCAUCCUGGUGAUCAUGCUCAAUAUCGGCGGCGAGUGGCUCAAGCGCACCGGUCGCAGCCAGGAGAUGCUCGACAGCAGCGUCAUUACGGCCUGGGGCAUUGUCAACACGUUCACUGAACACCACGGCGGGCCUUGGUCCCACAAGGACAUGCAGCACACCAUGAUGGGCGUGCUCUGGUGGGCAGGCGGCAUGCUCGGCAUCUUUCUGAGCCGUAACGGCAAGCGCUCUUUCGUUCCUGCUGUCAUCAUUGUCUUCACUGGCUGGGGCAUGUCGGCUCACGAGCAGGCGCUCAUGAUCUCGUCCAAGAUCCACGCCAUGUUCGGCUACGCUCUCAUGGCCGCUGGUGUCCUCCGCAUCGUCGAGAUCUGCUUUGUCCUCCAUGACGGCCCCUCGGUGCCAGGCCAUGCCCGCAUCUUCCAGCAUCUCCCUCCUUACCUCCUUACUCUAGGCGGCACGCUCUUCAUGUCAGCCACCGACGAGGAGAUGCACAACGCCGACAACCUCGGCAUCGACCACGUCACGUACGCCCUAUUUGACUUCUCGCUCAGCUUCCUCAUCUACCUCGUCAUCACGUUCCUCGUGCAUCUGUACUCCAACUCCGGACGUAACGCCGCCAAGAACACUGAAGUGACGGGCGAGACGGCGACCGAGAAUGGCUACGCCACCCUCAGCCAGCGCGCACCGCAUACCCUUGGUGACGAGGAGGACGAUGGGCCAGAGGCGUACGAGCUCACAGAGCACACGAGCCUCGAUGGCGACGAUGACGCGGUCAAGAUUGGUGGCGAGGAUGAGGUCGACUGGAUUGACGGCCAGAGGCGGGGCGGAGGCGUGCGUCUGUAA